AUGAGGUUUCUACAUGUGCAGGCAGUCUUGAUUGCUGCUGCCGGAAGCUUGGCUUCUGCAUCUAGCUUCAAGAAUGGAUACUAUGACUACAUCGUUGUCGGAGGCGGGCCUUCCGGUAUCAUCAGUGCUGAACGAUUCGUCGAGGCCGGUAAGAAGGUUCUGCUCCUUGAGCGAGGCACCGGCCCAACUGUAGCGACCGGCGCGAACGAUUCUCUUUCUUGGGGCAACCAGCUGACGCCGAUUGAUCUUCCUGGUCUGUCUGCUGAUGUUGGGGCUCUUCCUGAGUGGAGCGAGUACAUGUGCUCCGACACCGGUGGUUAUGCCGCCUGUGUUCUUGGUGGCGGUACGACAGUGAACUAUAUGGUCUUCGUGCACCCUCCCGAGCACGACUUUGACGACAACAACAACUGGCCCGCGGGAUGGAAGUGGAAAGAUCUCAAGCCUGCUACCGAGAGGCUCUACAAGCGGAAUCCGGGCACUAUAUCGCCUUCAACCGAUGGCAAGCGCUAUGAUCAGGGUGCCUAUACUGUGCUCUCGAAGUUUUUCAACAAGCUUGGCUGGAAAUCGGUUGACAUGAUUGCUCAGCCCAAUGAGAAACACCAGGUCUACAGUUACCCUUCUUGGAACAUCAAGGACCUGGUUCGUGCCGGUCCUCUUCGUACCUAUCUGCCUAUUGCUCAGAAGAGCAACAACUUCGACCUGCACCUGGGCAUCAAGGUGCUUCGCGUCGUUCGCGAGGGUGGCCGAGUCAGUGGUGUUGAAGUGCAGACCAGUUCCAGAAAGACUGAGAUUAUCAGCCUUGCAAACGGUGGUAGUGUUGUCCUCGCUGCCGGUGCCCUCUCUACCCCCAACCAGAUCGAGACUGCCAAGAAGAGUGGCAUCGCUGUUCCCGCUGAGAAAGAUUGGAUUGACCUUCCAGUCGGCGUUGGAAUCAAAGACCACCCGAUCUUCACCGUGACCGUGAAGACUAACGGCGACUUUGGCAUUCCCGAUUAUGACAGCAUUUUGAACGGCAGCGACACUACCGAUAUCAACCUCUACAAGCAAGGCAAUGGUCUUUUGACCCAGGGCAAGCAUCGGAUGAUUUUCUUCAGCUCCAACGAGCUGCACGGUCAUACUCGGUAUUACCAGGGUUCCUGUGCCCCUGUAGAGGACUCUGUCGUCGAGAUCAAGGUCUACAUGACCCACGGUCUUACUUCCUCUGGUGUCCUCGGUCUUGACUCAAAGCAGAACACUGUUAUCGAACAGUCUCCUUACAUGCAGACGGCAGGUGAUCGUCAAGCUAUGCGCGCUUUCAUUCAGCAGCUGGUGAAUGAUAUCCACGCUCCUUCAUCUGGGUUCGAACUGAUCAAGAACCUGAACACCUCUGCCAUUCUUGCCUCGCCAUAUCCUGGUGACCACUACGCUUCUUCUGCCAAGAUGGGCACUGACGAUGGCCGGAACAAUGGUACAUCUGUUGUGGAUACUAACACCAAGGUCUAUGGAAUGGACAACCUGUUCAUCGUUGAUGGCAGUAUUCAUCCCGACCUUCCCACUGGCAACAUCCAGGCCACUAUCAUGGUCAUUGCCGAGGCAGCCGCAGCCCUGAUCCUUGCCCAGAAAUAG